CCCAUGGCACGCCAAGCCCGCAGUGAUUACUGAUCGCACAGCGAGGAGGUCGACCACAAGUAGGCAGCUCACAAUUCAAUUCACCACCGCCUCAGCAUGUCGGCCGAAAACAAGAAGAUCCAGCUCGUUGGCUACAACAACUUUGUGCGCCACAACCCCAAGUCGGACCGCUUCCCGAUGCACAAGUUCCACCACAUUGAGUUCUACUGCCAGGACGCGACCAACGUCUCCAAGCGCUUCGGCUGGGGCGCCGGCCUCAAGUGCGUCGCCAAGUCGGACCAGUCGACCGGCAACCACAGCUACGCCAGUUAUGUCAUGCAAACUGGCGAGCUCCAGCUCGUCAUCACGGCGCCCUACUCGCGCGCCAACAAGAAGGCCGACGCGAUCCCGCCGCACCAGGGCUUUGACAUGGAGUACGCCCACGAGUUCAACAACAAGCACGGUCUUGCGGUGCGUGCGAUGGCUGUCUCGGUCGACGACGCCGCCCAGGCCUACGACAUCUCGGUCAAGAACGGCGCCGUUGGCGUCUGCUCGCCCAAGACGACCAAGGAUGCGGCGACCGGCGAGACCAUGGUCAUCUCGGAGGUCAAGCUCUACGGCGACGUCGUCCUCCGCUACGUGAGCGGCAACUACAAGGGCCGCUACAUGCCCGGCUACGAGAACGUCGAAGGCCCGGACGUCUCGAUCGGUAUUGAGCGCCUCGACCACGCCGUCGGCAACGUGCCCAACCUUGUCGAAGCGGUCCAGUACGUCUGCGACUUUACCGGCUGGCACGAGUUUGCCGAGUUCACGUCGGACGACGUCGGCACGGUGGACAGCGGCCUCAACUCGAUGGUGCUCGCCAACAACAGCGAGAUGAUCCUCCUCCCGAUGAACGAACCCACGUUCGGCACGAAGCGCAAGAGCCAGAUCCAAACCUUCCUCGAGCAGAACGAAGGCCCGGGCCUCCAGCACAUGGCGCUCAAGACCAACGACAUCUUCCACACGCUUGCCGAGAUGCGCAAGCGCACGCACCUUGGUGGCUUUGACUUUAUGCCCAAGCCGUCGGACGCGUACUACAAGAACCUGCCGGCCAAGAUCGGCGACAUCUUCACGGCCGACCAGUACAAGAAGAUUGAGGAGCUCGGCUUGCUCGUAGACAAGGACGACCAGGGCAUCCUCCUCCAGAUCUUCACCAAGCCGCUCGGCGACCGCCCGACGUGCUUUUUCGAAAUCAUUGAGCGCGUCGGCUGCAUGGAGGAGCUCAACGGCCGCUUGGAGCAGGCGGCGGGUUGCGGCGGCUUUGGCAAGGGUAACUUCUCGGAGCUCUUCAAGUCGAUCGAGGACUACGAGCGCACGCUCGACGUCUAAGUAGCCGGGCGUUGCUCUUGAUUUUAUGUCUAAACUUUUCUUGAUGUCC